AUUACAAAAUCGACCGCUAGGUAGCGUUAAUUAAGUUUCGAACACGAUAGAGAGAGAGAGAGAGAGAGAGAGAGAUGGAGUGAGAUAUCCAAUUGAAACUUGAGAAAUAAAGAUGUCGUAAUGUAUUUGAAUCACGCAGUAUGGCGUUAGACGUCAACUUGACUGGGAUUUGGCAAAUGGCAAGAUGGCGGGUGCCAUAGUACGUUGUUUUAAGAUUCCGAGGAGGCAAAUAGGUCUCUUUGGAUCGACAUUAACUAAUCAGCAUCAGAGAUCCUUUGCUGAUGCCGCUCCCGAGGGAAAAAAAUUCGGUGGUCCUUUGGCCGAUGAAGAUCGUAUCUUCACCAAUUUAUAUGGCAGACAUGAUUGGAGGUUAAAGGGUGCAUUGAAGAGGGGUGAUUGGUAUAAGACGAAAGAAAUAUUAGAUAAAGGAGCAGAUUGGAUCAUCAAUGAGAUUAAGGUUUCAGGAUUAAGAGGCCGAGGGGGAGCUGGUUUCCCCUCCGGCAUGAAAUGGUCUUUUAUGAACAAACCGUCGGAUGGAAGGCCAAAAUACUUAGUAAUUAAUGGAGACGAAGGAGAACCAGGAACUUGCAAAGAUCGUGAAAUUUUGCGACACGAUCCGCACAAAUUGGUAGAAGGUUGCUUAAUCGCCGGUCGUGCUAUGGGUGCUUGUGCAGCAUAUGUUUACAUUCGUGGUGAAUUUUAUAAUGAAGCUUCGAACAUGCAAGUUGCUAUUGCAGAAGCUUAUCAAGCAGGGUUAAUCGGGAAAAACGCUUGCGGUUCCGGCUACGAUUUUGACAUUUUUGUACAACGUGGAGCAGGAGCGUACAUAUGCGGAGAAGAGACAGCUCUUAUCGAAUCUAUCGAAGGAAAGCAAGGUAAACCUAGACUAAAGCCACCUUUCCCGGCAGAUGUCGGUUUAUUUGGAUGUCCAACUACGGUUACCAAUGUCGAGACAGUAGCAGUAGCACCGACAAUAUGCCGGCGAGGUGGCGCUUGGUUCGCAUCUUUUGGAAGGCCGCGUAAUCAUGGUACCAAACUCUUUAAUAUUUCUGGUCACGUGAAUAAUCCAUGCACCGUUGAGGAAGAGAUGUCCAUUCCUUUGAAAGAAUUAAUCGAAAGGCACGCAGGAGGUGUAAUUGGUGGAUGGGAUAAUUUAUUAGGUGUAAUACCCGGAGGAUCUUCAACUCCAGUCAUUCCAAAGAACGUUUGCGAUACUGUACUAUUAGACUUCGACGAUCUUAUUCGUGUGCAAAGUGCAUUUGGAACAGCCGCAGUUAUUGUAAUGAACAAGCAAACUGAUAUUAUCAAAGCUAUAACUCGUUUGAUUAGCUUUUAUAAACACGAAUCUUGCGGUCAAUGCACACCUUGUCGCGAAGGCAUAAGUUGGAUGUAUAAAAUUUUACAGAGGUUCCAGAAAGGAAACGCUGAAGAUAACGAGAUAGAUAUGCUUUGGGAAUUAACCAAGCAAAUCGAAUUGCACACGAUCUGUGCUUUAGCUGACGGUGCUGCGUGGCCUGUUCAAGGACUCAUUCGGCACUUUAGACCUGAAAUCGAAGCUCGCAUGAAACAAAAACAAGCUGCGUGUAAUUAAUGCGAGUGUACAUAUAAUAAGUGAAGAAGAUAGACACGAUAGUACGUACGAAGUUUCUUAUUUAUAGAUAAGAUUCUUCCUGAUCCUCCUUAAUGUCAGACGGAUCAGUCAAUAAAAAAAAAAAAAAAAAAAAAAAAAAAGAAAAAAAAGAAACACAAAA